AUGUCUACUAAAAUUAAAAACAAGAAAGAUUCUGUAAAGAAGUUACGUGCAAACUCGUCAUCUAGUUCUACAGUUGGAAAAGACCAGCAAAAUCGGGCAAGCACUGAACUGAAGCUAGAGAGAGAUUUGUAUGCAACGAAAUUAACUAGAUUAGGAACCCUGUUGAUGUCUCAAAUGAAGAAACAAUGGCGAUUGACCAGAGGAAUUGGUGAUAAUUUUGAUGUUUUAAAAUUGAGUGGCGACGUAUUAGUGGAGGCCUUGAAAGAGAUGAUGACCAAAAAAUAUGAAAAUGAAUUAUCUCACGAAUGUCACUUAGUUAAUCUCGAAAGAAGGGUAUCUCAACUGAGUUAUGCAUUGAACAAACUAACAUUGAAGUGUGCGGCGUACAAAAAUGGCCUAUCUGACAUCGUCUGCAGUGAUAACCUCACUUAUAUUAAAGACAAAAUUAUGACUCUUCAGAUUAUUGCCGGUGAAAAUUAUCAUCAAAUUGAUGCCAACAAUCCAUGCCUUAACCCCAGAGUCGAGUUUGCCAUAGAAGGGGUGACAACCAGGGUUGAUGAUCAUGCUGAAAGAAUCCUUGAAAACCAGCAAAAGUUAAACUUAAUUCCUCCUUGUGAGAAGAUGAAGGGCAGUACACACAUGAGAGAUAUUCAGCAGGAUGUUAAAAUAUUUCUCAUGAAAGAACUGAACAUCACAAGAUCAUCUGGAAAUGAUUGGAGAUUGUUGGCCCAACUCAUGGGUCUGGAUUGCAAACUGAUUGAUGAUUGGUCCAAAAUGGAACUAAGCAAUCCAUCCGGUCACGUGAUGAAUGAAUGGAUGAAGGAUAAUAACGACGCUACUGUCCAAGCACUUUUCAGCUUUCUGAUAUCGCCAGUAAUGAGGUGCACAGCUCUCUGCAGAGUUUUGUCAGACUUUUACGAAGUUUUGUGA